AUGGCGAGCUCCGGCGAUGAAGGGCGCGUGGUGGUGGACCUCCGCUCCGCGGCGGAGUCGGCGGCUGCGGACGAGGAGGCGCACGCCACGCCUCUCCACGAGAUUGAGUCCCUCUGCAUGCGCUGCGGCGAGAACGGCAUCACGAGGCUUCUGUUGACGCUGAUUCCGCACUUCCGGGAGGUGGUUCUGAUGGCCUUCGAGUGCCCACAUUGUGGUGAGAGGAACAACGAGAUUCAGUUUGCUGGACAGCUCCAACCCAAGGGAUGCUGCUAUAGCUUGGAGGUUCCGUCGGGGCAGAGUGAGAUAUUGAAUCGUCAGGUCGUGAAGUCUGAUUCAGCGACUAUCAAGAUUCCAGAGCUGGACUUUGAGAUUCCUCCAGAAGCUCAACGUGGAACGCUUUCUACUGUGGAAGGGAUUAUUAUGCGAGCUGUGGAUGAGUUGCAGGCUCUUCAAGACGAACGGAAGAAAGUGGAUCCUCAGAAGGCUGAAGCCAUCGAUCAAUUUUUACUGAAGUUGAGAUCUCUUGGGUCAGGAGAGGCUGCAUUCACCUUUGUUCUUGAUGACCCUGCAGGAAACAGCUUUAUUGAGAACCCGCAUGCUCCGUCAUCAGAUCCUUUACUAUCUGUGAGAUUCUAUGAAAGGACUCGUGAACAACAAGCAGCACUUGGUUUUCUUGCUGAACCACCAACAGAACAACCUGGAGAGGCUGUUUUGCCUGCUUCAGCUGUGGAAUCCAAUUCUGAUGGGUUGCAAAGUGUGCCCCAUGGCUCAGUUGGAGCUGUUGCAGCUCGUCGCGCUAUAGCUCAGGGAAACCCCGACGAAGUUGCUGCAGCCUUGUGUAGAUACGCAGCACCAGAAGAGGUUGAUACUUUACCAUCAACAUGUGGGGCCUGUGGAACAGAAUGUGUCACGCGUUUCUUUGCUACAAAAAUCCCAUAUUUCCAGGAGGUGAUUGUUAUGGCGACAACAUGUGACAUGUGUGGUUAUCGCAAUUCAGAGCUGAAGCCUGGAGGUGAGAUUCCAGCUAAGGGAAAGAAAAUUACACUGCGUGUUCAAAAUGCACGAGACCUUACUCGCGAUGUCAUAAAGUCAGAUUCAGCUAGCGUGAAAGUACCUGAACUUGAGUUGGAGCUUUCAUGUGGAACGUUGGGUGGUAUGGUUACAACUGUUGAAGGUUUAAUUGUGAAAAUAUGCGAGGCUUUGGAGAGAAUACAUAGAUUCCAAUUGGGCGAUAGCACACUGGAAUGGAAAAAGAAGAAAUGGGAAGAUUUCAAGGAGAGACUAUCCAAGCUUCUGAGUUUACAAGAGGCCUGGACUCUAAUAAUUGAUGAUGGAUUGGCGGCUUCAUUUGUGGCCCCGGCUACUGAUUCGUUAGAAGAUGACAGUCAGCUAACCAUGGAGGAGUAUCAGAGGAGUUGGGAGCAGAAUGAGGAACUUGGCCUGAAUGACAUGGAUACGUCCUCUGCUGACGCGGCUUACAACACGACCAGCACAUGA